CGGGCGGCGGGGCGGGGCGGGCGGGGCGGGGCGGCCCCGGCGCUGUCCCCGGUGCUGGCGCGGUCCCGGCCCCGCUCCGCCGGGAUGAUGCAAUCGGCAGCGCCCGCCGCCGGCACGGCCCCGCGCCGCUGAGCGGAGCCGCACCGAGCCGAGCCGGGCUGAGCUGAGCUGCACCGAGCCGAGCCCAGCCGGGCUGAGCUGCACCGAGCUGAGCCGCAUCGAGCCGGGCUGAGCUGAACUGAGCCGCACCGAGCUGAGCCGAGCCGGGCUGAGCCGGGCUGAUCUGAGCCGUGCCGGUCGAGCCGAGCCGAGCCGAGCUGAGCCGGGCUGAGCCGCACCGAGCUGGGCUGAGCCGAGCCGAGCCAAGCAGCGGGAGAGGCGGGCAGCUCGGCGCAGCGCAGCGCACCGGACCGGAGCGUACCGGAGCGGAGCGUACCGGAGCGCACCGUACCGGAGCGGAGCGGAGCGCACCGUUCCGGGCAGCCCCGCGGCGCCCCGGCCAUGUCCCCGCCGCCCCCCGGCCCGGGGCCGCUGCCGCCGCGGGAGCCGCCGGAGCCCGGCCGGCCGUAGCGCGGGGUUUCUGCAAGUCAUCCGCCCACCGCCGCCCUGCCCGGCCCCGCUCCGAGGACCCCGGUGGGAUUUAUGGGGUUUUUGCGCUUUUCUCUCCUUUCUUCUUCCUCCCCUCCCCGCCGUGCUGUGUGUACCGCUUCCUCUCGGCACCUGCCGCGGUUAACUUUCCUGUGACUCGGUUUAACUCUUGGGAUCUCCGUGGAUGUUGCUGAGAGCACUUUUCUUGCCUUUGCUGCCCCUUGCCGGGACCGGAUUUGGUGCUAAGCGGGCUCUGUGUGCCUGUGUGUGUGUUCUGAGUGUCCUGAGAUGUUGCUUUGCUGCACAGAGCUGUGCGUUACUUGUAACCAAGACCCGUGAAGGAUCAUAGGCUUGGCUUGACCUUGAUUUUGAUGGCUUUGUUGGAAGAUCUGAUGAUGUGAUUGCAUUUCGUGAAGUGAUUGCUCUACAGCCCUUAUGGCUUAGGAUACAAGCCACUUCUGCCACACAGUUACCCAUGGACGAUUCCCAUUUUUUUUAGACAAACCUUUAUUUAUUUUUUUUUCUUUUGUUUCCUCACUUUCCUCUCACCCCAUUUCUUCUUGAUGUUGGGAGCCUUAUUCUACACUUUGCUGUGAUCGACCGUCCUGCUGCUCCUUGCUGCUGGUUUCUUUUUUAAAAUACAAUGGCUCUAAGUGGCAACUGCAGGACUUACCUUCCUGCUCGGGAGCAGGGCACCGGGCUGCACUCCUUCCCGGAGGUCGUGGAGCUAAACGUGGGUGGCCAGGUUUACUUCACUCGCCACUCCACCUUGGUUGGCACCCCUCACUCCCUGCUGUGGAAAAUGUUCACCCCAAAAAGAGACACAGCCAACGAUCUGGCUAAGGACUCCAAGGGAAGAUUCUUCAUCGACAGAGAUGGCUUUCUUUUCCGCUAUAUUCUGGACUAUCUCAGGGACAAGCAAGUGGUUCUGCCCGACCACUUCCCAGAGAAGGGGAGGCUCAAGAGGGAGGCUGAGUACUUCCAGCUCCCGGACCUGGUCAAACUGCUGACUCCCGACGACAGCAAGCAAAGCCCCGACGAUUAUUGCCACAGUGACUAUGAAGAGGUCUCCCAAGGCAGUGACACGAGAAUAUGCCCCCCCUCGUCGCUCUUACCAUCGGAUCGGAAGUGGGGAUUCAUUACCAUUGGGUACCGGGGGUCAUGCACUAUUGGCAGGGAGAGCCAAGCAGAUGCCAAAUUCAGGAGGGUCCCAAGGAUUUUGGUUUGUGGAAGGAUUGCUCUGGUCAAAGAGGUCUUUGGAGAAAGUUUGAAUGAAAGCAGAGACCCAGACAGAGCCCCAGAAAGGUACACCUCCAGGUUUUAUCUCAAGUUCAAGCAUCUGGAGAGGGCUUUCGACAUGUUAUCCGAGUGUGGAUUCCACAUGGUGGCCUGCAACUCCUCUGUGACAGCUUCCUUUGUCAAUCAGUACACUGACGACAAGGUCUGGUCCAGCUACACCGAAUAUGUCUUCUACCGUGAGCCAUCCCGCUGGUCCUCGUCCCACUGCGACUGCUGCUGCAAGAACGGCAAAGGCGACAAGGAGGGCGAGAGCGGCACGUCCUGCAACGAGCUGUCGACAUCCAGCUGUGACAGCCAGUCGGAGGCCAGCUCCCCGCAGGAGACCGUCAUCUGCGGCCCCGUCACGCGCCAGCCCAACAUACAGACUCUGGACCGGCCGGCCAAGAAGGGCCCCGUGCAGCUGCUGCAGCAGUCCGAGAGCCGGCGGAAGAGCGACCUGCUGCGGACUCUCACCUCGGGCUCCAGGGAGUCCAACUCCAGCAAGAAGAAGGCGGUGAAGGAGAAGCUCUCCAUCGAGGAGGAGCUAGAGAAAUGCAUCCAGGAUUUCCUCAAAAUCAAAAUCCCAGACAGGUUUCCGGAAAGAAAGCAUCCCUGGCAAUCAGAACUGCUGCGGAAGUACCACCUAUAGGCUCUGGGCAGGAAGGCGUGGAGCCUGAUUGCCAUUACUGCGAGAUACUAAGUGAUACAAAAAUAAUUCCCAACAAUAAUUAUUUGUUAGGUCACAAAAAAAAAAGAAAUCCAUCUCUAUAGUACUGCCUAAUUUGCCUAUUUCACCUUAACAUUUAUAGUCAUAGGGUUACGAUAUUUUUCCAGUCGUGGAAGCACAAUGACAAAUGCUUUUAUUUGUAAACUCUGAGUCUUACACAAGCUGAAUACCUUAAGGGCACAACAAUACCGACAACACAAGAUGCUCGCGUGCAGAUGCUGCUGGUGCCAGUGGGAACACGCAGGCAGCGGCGGGGCGGCGCGUGGCUGCAUGCCUUCUGCACCCCCCUGCCAGCUCGGUGGUUUAGAGGGGUGUGCACUGCUCACAGGAGCAAGCUAUGCCGUGGCAGUUUACCUUAAGCACGUGUGUAUAUAUAUAUGUGCAUAUAUAUAUAUGUGUGUAUAUAUAUCUCUGUGUAUAUAUAUAUGUAUAUAUAUAUAUCAAUAUAUAUUGCUUAAAGAUUUUCUGGCUCUCUCCUUGUAACUGCACUUUCUCAGAAAAGAGCAUUUUUUUAGCAGCUGUAGAUGUUCCAGUUCUUCUUCAGGUCUUUGAGGGUUGAAUAGUAAAGAAACCCCAGGAGAAACCCCAUCACACUGCCUCUCACUCUUUUUUUUCCCCUUCUCUGAGACACUGUAAAUGCAUUUCAGUGGAGACCAGGGACAAGUGUGUGGGUCUUUGUUGCCAUCAGCAAAAUAUUCCAUUUGUUUCUGGUGAGCUCAUUCCAUCUGCGUCCUCCCCACGCCUCUUGUUGUGCUCCUCCAGGCUUUCUGGUGACAGCGGGCUGAACCUGUAAUGCUUCCAGCGGAAAGACAGAGGAACAUUUCCAGGCGGAGCGAGGGCAGGUGGAGCAGCAGCGCGGUGAGGAUGGCGGGUCUCUGCCUGCCUGCCAGGCACGUUUGCCAGCAGUGCCUGGCUCGAGCCGGCAGGACGAGCAGACGCUCGGUCCCAUCCAGCACAGAAGCAAAUACAAGAAAUUAUCAGCCUAACAAGAUACGUUUAAUGCUUUGACUGGCAGGGAAUCAAUUGCUAGAGGACAGGAGCAGCGCUGUUGCAGCUACGUGCAUUUCAAGAGAAAAUUGAAAACCAAGAAGGACGUAGCCAUAUUCCGUGACAGAGGUGCUGUCUGCAUGCAGGUCCUGUUCACGGCCCGUGGCAUGAGCCAGCAACCACGCUGAGCAUGCCCUGGGGCCCACAGGGAGGUGGGACCCAGGGAAGGGCUGUGGGUGCACAUUGGUAGCCAGCAGCAGGGGCUGGGGAGCAGAGAGCCCUGAGACCGGGGUCUGAGCUCCGUGGGGAGCCCAGGGUGCUGGGGCUGGCCGGGGGGCUGCGGAAGAGCGAACUGCUCCGGAUAACUGGUGUUGGCUGGGAACGAGCUGCUAGAGUACUUGAGAGAAAUUAUUUAUUUUCUAAAGGCAGGAAAGGAAGGAUACAUAUAUAUGGGAACGGAUAGUGCUGGUAACAAACCACUUUGGUUCUGACUUAUUUAGCAUCCUCCAGGUUCCAGAGCUCUUGAAUUUCACACUGCUGUGGGAGAUGAUGUCAAGUGUGCACAAAUUAUUUCUUGCUGAUCUUAAUGCAGUUUCAGGAAGGUGGUUCUUUUGUGCUCAUAAGGCUCUGUUGUUCCCACACAACGGGCGAGGAAGUCUUUGUUUUGCCAGAUGAGUCCUAAGGUCCGCAUGAGCACAGCUUCAUAGCCAUCGCUUGGCUGUAGAUGUCAAGCAGGAGUUUAUUGGUGAGGAUGCAAAUUUUACCAGCAAACAAGGAAGCAAUACGUGUCCAGAGUGAUCCUUAAGCACAAGCUGUCUGCAAGGAGGGGAACAAAACUUCCCAGCAAUACAUCUCCAAGUCAUUGGAGAGCACAGUUUGGAGGUGGCAGCUUGGCAUCAUCUCUGCUGUGUUUUUUACCAGGAUUUUACAUGUGAGAUGCUCGUAUCUGCCUCCUCUUAGCAGUGUGUUGGUUUAUGACAUUUCCCCCCUUGCCCUGGCACCAAGGCGCAGUUUUGACAGAACUGGGGAGCAAAUGGGGCUCUCCCACAGGAUUUGCAGCCAUGUGCGCAGUUCAGGGUGGAUCGUGCAGCUGAAACCUUGCAGCUUCCCUCACUCCAGGGCAUUCCCUGGCUCCUUUUCACAUCAUAAGUGUUUGGGCUAUAAAAUACAAGUGACAGGGUGAAAGAAUGGUGCUGGGUGUGCGUGUGUGCGCCUUCCCAGAGUGAUGCUGGGGGUGUACAGGGCUGCAGGAUGAUUAAUAACUGUGGAAAAAUUAGACCCAAUGAAAUACACCCAAAUGGGCUUGAUUUAUGUGACCUUCAUGUCUUCAGUUUUAGAUGAAAUGGUUAUUACUCUCCAGCGCUACAGAAAUAAAGGUCUUAAACCUCAGUAACCAUGGGCAGCCCAGCCCGCAAGGAAGCACAGAGCUGUGUCACCGGUUGGAUGGGUGUGCAAGGAGCGGGUGUGCCCAGGCACACGCGGGUGCACACGUGUGGGUGUGCUGUGUGUGUCCCUACACAUGUCUGUGUUUCUGCAGGGCUCUGAGCCCGCUGUAACUUACACUGUGGUAUUGCACAGGGUAAUUUAGCACUGGGGGUUGUGCUUCAUGGCUUUUUGUUUCAGGCUGACUGGCAAGCUCACGCGAGCCCUUGUGCAGAUGGCAGGAGCUGUCUGCCCGCCCUGGAUGGGAGUUGGGCGACACGUGGGAUGCUGCAGAGCAUCCGCUCCUGCUGCCCGCCUUUGUCCCAGAUGUCCCCUUCCUGUCCCCUGCCUCAGCUGCUCUUCCAGAGCCAGGCUUUGGGCACGUCCCUGUGUACCGUCACCAGCCGCAGGGUCCCCCGGGGCACAGAGCAUUACUUGGGAAGACCUCUUCCCUAAAAUAGUGUCAUACAUACGUACACAUGCAUAUACACACAGAUACAAACAUAUACAUAGAUACACAGCUAGAGAGAUUUGUACAUGCACCUUGGGAGGCGAGGCGUGAAUUCAUGCCUCGGAGGCAAGGUUUGUUCUGCGCCUGCAGGAGCUGGCACUGCUCACCGAUCGUGGGGGCGGGAGGUACCUGCAGCAGGGGUACCGAGCGGCUUGCUGUGCCCCUCGCCAGCUUGGCAGUGAGAUGUGGUCACUGCUCGGCCCCAGGGCACCAUCCUCCCGCUGGGCUCCUCCCGGGGUCUGCACAGGUGGGUGGCCGCGGGCAGGAUGCGGCCCUGCUCCCACUCGUGGCUGAGCCAAGGCGAUGAGGGCGAGACAGGAGGUGGAGGUGAUGCAGUGGGGAAAUGGGACAGGAAUAACAAAAUUGUCUAAAACGUAGCUGGCUUUUGACUCUAAAAAUAUUCGGCUCAAUUCUAAUUUGUUUCAGUGAAAGAACCUCUGCCGAUCCGUAGGACAUUGUUGGUCACUUACUGGUAGCAAGCCAAAAUGACACAGUUAACAGAGGACUUUAUUCUUUCUCAAAUAUCUGGGGAGCAAACUGGUAUUUGAGCUACUUUCCAUGCAUAACUAAGACCAAAUAUGAGUUCUGUUGAAAUUAAAUUGAAAACAUACAUUGACUUCAGUGGGACUGAGACUCCUAAAAUGCCUUUUCUCACAAAAAAAAAAAAUGGGCAAUUGUGUCAGUGAAGAUGAGAGAAGGCCAUUAAACUGUAAUAACAUUCACAUCCACUCACACCGCUCACUACAUCUACGUGCAGCAACCGGGACUUGCCGUUCAGCGGCGGGGUUGUGGAGCCAAUUUUUGGCUGCCUCGGCAUGCCCCAGGGGGCCUGCUGAGGAUGCUGGCAGGGGGCAGCUGCGUGUGGCCGGGGGGACAGGGAACUGGUGCGUGGUGGCACCCCCGGCUCGGGCUGCUCCUGGUGCAGCCCCACGCAGCCCCGCCAGCCGCUCUCUGCCGCAAUUAGCGGUGUUUGCAGGGCUGUCGCUGCAAACCCAGCCACCUCGAGGACUUGGACAUCAGAGGGAGACAGAGGCAGAACAUGUGAGUUUACACAGAUCCAUGUGGACCAAAUUAUUUCUUUCCCCUAGGUCAUGCAUGCCCCAUAUAGACACUUCACAGUACUCUGAUGGAAAUGUUUUGGGUUAAUUCUAGUUUUGUGAGGUAGUUUGUUCCUUCUCUCUGCAACGCUGUAGGCUGAAGGAGGAAACUAGGCUGAUCUGUAUUGGCAGAGACCUCAAUGUAAGCGAGACCUUCAGCCAGCUCCCAUUGCUCUCCUAGCCCUGGGAAGGCUGAAGAAACCUUUCCAAUUUCCUACCCUGCCGUGAAGCCCUUUCCAUCGUUGCAAGUAUGCGCGUGGACUUGACAUUCAGAGUACUUUAUGCAUAAGGCCCCAUGUAUAUCAUGGUACAAAAUAAUUGUCCAGUCUUAUGGAUAGUUUAUGCCCCAGCGGGGUUUUGUAGAUUAAUAGUAAAAGAACAAAAAAGCACUUUUAAAUUAUUUAUAUUAUAAAAAGACAUUCUUUAUUUUUCUUGGCAUCGAUAUCACUUAGCUAAAAAUCAGUUUAUAAGAAUGCUAUUACAGAUUUUAAACUAUAGCAAUGAUAAAGCAAACACGAAAAAGCGGAGUUCAGAGCUGAGCAGAGGCCAAACCUCCCGGCGCGAGGCAGCGGGAGCACGGGGCCCUCCGAGGGCUCCCCCCCGCCCAGGUCGUGCAGCCACGCGUGCGCUCGGGGGGGGCAAAUGCCACCAGUGCAAUAUUCUCACAGCCAACACAGGACGUAGAGGGGGGUUUGGUGACUUGUGACUUUGUGAUCUCUACGGGGCCUUGCUCAUGUUACAUUUUCGGACCUCAUACAAGCACUUAAUGACUUUGCCGAGGCUGAGUCAGUCUGUUGCACAUUGAUGUAGAUUAAGUGGCACCCACUGAAUUACCUCUUCUACUUUCCGACGUGGUUCACUUGUACAUAAGUGUAAUGUCAAAUUGUUUACAGGUUAUUUUGUGCGUAAUUGUGGAAACAAAAAUUUUAACUACAAAUUUAAAGGAAUUGAUUUUACUGGAAGGUGUUAAAAAAAAAAUGAAUGUGCUUAAUACAGUAUAGACAUCAUUGAUUAUGGUCUCACAUGAAUGCAUGUAUCUCCGUGUUGUCAGUCCCCACCAGUGAGGUUAUUGGCAAUAUUCUGCAGUCUGUGAAUAGCAAAUAUGCAUAAACUACUGUGACUCUGACAAAUAUAACUCAGUAACUGUUUCUACUGUGGUAUGUAAAAAAACAAAACAAACAAAAAAAAUCAACCUGUAGCUUUUAGCCUGCUGUAUUUCCCUGGUACAAAGAACACCGAGACAGAAAGAGACAAGUUGGGAAAAACCGAAGCCGUCACACCCGUGACCUGGGCAGAGUCACUUGCCCAGUGGCUCCUGCCAGGUGGCUUUGGUCCCGCUGCCAAAAAAGCCUGCGUGCAGAGGCUCUGAGGUGGUAAACCUCGUGUUGCUGUUGCCCUUCUGCUCCAGCGUCAUGGCUGGCAGAAGAGCCGACCUUUUGUUUAGGAUCCUGGUAAAUGAAGAGAGGAAUUAUAUAUUCAUGGCUCUCAUAAGUGGGUCAGGUGUUACACGAUACGCUGCAGAAACGUACAGCUAUCAGCACUGUGGUGCUGGGUGGCUGAAAUCUGCAGCUAAUCUGUGUCUGCCAUCCAGAUCUGUGCGGAUACACUGCAAGAGCACAGACAAGAAUAAAUAAGUUGGUAUCCUUCACCUGUCAUAUAUAUACACACAUAGAUAUAUAGAUAGAUACAUACACGCUUUCUUGCCCACUGUAAUUUAGCAUUGCCUCCUGUUAACCAGUUCUUUACAGAUUGGGGAUAAUUCUCUGAUUAAAUUUUUGAGUUUUAUUUUCCUCAUUUAUUUCUGUGAGAGGCUGAAAGCACCAGUUCAGUGAUUGCAGGCUGGCAUCCUUCUUCCUCCCCACCUUGAACAGGGCUUUUCUGAUGCCGUGAUUGGAAAGUACUGUCACCAGCAGCAAUACGUCUGGAAGAGCCAUCGUUGCAUCAGGGGUUACCUGCCAAAGUAUUUCCAAGCAUACUUUGAAAUACUUUAUUGUGCUUUUAAGGCUGCCCCGUGAAGGGAAGGAAUGCAAUUCUACAUUCUCGGAAUGACAGAGGUGUAACUUGUGUUCACUGUCACGUUUCCUUCCACCCUUCUCGGGGGUAGUUGCAGCAUGGCACCGCUGGUCUCUGCAUUCUCAUCGCUCCUCCACGCUAACAUGACUCAAAUAGAGAAGCAUAGCUGUAGGCAAGCUGGGGCUGGAAGAGCCAGCAAAGCAGGCAAUUGCUCACUUGUGUGGCUGAAUAUCCUGGGAUGAUUUUUUUUUAUUAUUAUUUUUUAAUGAUUUUUAAUCUUUGGUACUUGGCUGAUCUCCAGUGGAGCCCUUUCUGACGGUCCCUUCCUGGGAGCAGGCGAGCAGACCCUGGAUUUGUGGAGCUCGUCCCAUCUGGUGCCUUGCCGAGCAGGGAUUCGGGUGCUGCAGUGUCUGCACAAGCAUAUGGGAGGCAAAGCCCUUCUGGAAGUUCAUCUCGGAUGGCGAGGCCUGUGUGAGCAGCCACAGCCACCUGCAGACGGCUGGGGACAGCGAGCUGGGCAGGACGGCAGAGGACGGAGCCUUCUGGUGGGAUGAGCUCACAUCUGGAUCGGCGACCCCAGGCCUGGAGCUGAGGGGACAGGGAGAAGGGCGGCAGUGGGGAGCUGCUGGGCCAGCCUGGGGUGGCUGCGAUCAUGGCUCGCUCAGCAGUGCGCUGGUCUUCGGAGAAAUCAGAAGAGGAGAUGCUGCUAUCACCAGAUUUUUAUUAGAAACGGCACAGGUUACUUUUCCAGGUAGGCUUUUUUGUCCUACUGAUACAUAUCCAAAUUAUUGCAAGUGUUCAGAGCUGGUAACAGCAACCAGGAACAGCAAACAGCUGGGCUCCAAGUGUCUGUGGAAAUGCUGCACCAGUGUAUGGUAUGGAUGAGAUCUUUGUGACUAAUGGACUUUGACUUUGCAGAACUUUUUUUUUUUUUUACUUUUUUUUUUUUUCAGACAAUUUGGAAUAAACAAAAUGUAUUAUUUUUUUUUUCCCUUUUUUAUGUGAAACUACAAAUCUCAUUUUGUCUGACCUGAAAUGACAGCAAUGUUUCACUUCAAAUGACAACAAAAUUAAUAACAAUUUGUUACACCCCUCUUUGUUCUGUUUUUUCUUAGUUAGACCAGUUUUGAACUGUUGGUCUUCUGAGAAUAGAAGUUGAAUCAUUCACUUCUGAAAUGACAAGUUACUCAUUUUUGCACAUUUCACCAUGCUCUCUUGUGCCCUUUUUCCCAGCCAUUGCUUCUUUCCAGACCCACCAUGCAUUCCCAAAUGCCCCCAGCUCCCUCAAGGGGCUGGCCUCUGCCCCCCAGCCUGGCCACCACCUCGUGUCUGCUGGCUGUGAGCCCCCAGCGAGCACCGCCGCUGUUCCCAGAGCAGAGCAGUGCUCCUGGGGGCUGGCUCCCCUGCACCCCCAGCCAGUUCUGCUAGAUGCCCCUCACAGCAACCAUGACAACUCUGCUCCUUCCAACAACUGUGUCUCUUCGUAAUACACUGUGGCUUUUUCAGAACAGCACAUUUUUCUGAAAAUAUUUUAAGCAGCUCUACUUGUUUGCCUGUGCCAAUGUAAGCCAUGCUCUGAGGUUUCGCAUUAUCAGGGAUGCACACAGGCAUCUCAGUCUGUGAUGCUGCAGGCAGACCAUACUGAUUUUUCCCAGGAAAAAGUCCUGUACAACUGCCCAGGCUUCUGGGAGCUGUAGUGAGGUGUUCUGGGCUGUUACCAUUGCCCAGAAAGACACAAAGAAAAGAAGAAAGAAACCAAUUCAAGAUCAAAGUUUGUUUUGUAAAAAUUACUUGCUUUCCUUUGCUGGCUCAAGAGAUCACAAGCAGAGCAGUAGCACUCUACCCGUUCUUUCACUUCUUUCAACUUCAUUUAAUUAUGCUAAUACUUCAUUAUGUCGAGGCAGUGCUGGGGGUAGCCACGGGGAAGCCGAGCUCUAAGAGCAUGCCUCAGUACGGCGCUGUCGUGGCUGCAGGGCCGCAGGUACCAGGUGCCAGCAGAAAGCUCUUCAGCACCAGCACGCUCCGUGCUGCAUAACAAAAGCCAAUUAGCAAGGCUCCAUCUCCCUGGUAAUAAAUCUUAAGAGAAGCUGAACUGUUCUGGAAUACAUUAUUUUCUUCAUUUCUUUUCAUGUACAAAGGAAUCAAAAAGCUUGCUCUUUAUUGAUAGCUGAGGUGAAGCCAAAUUCCAGCAGGUCGCGAGGAAAAGGCCCUGUUCACACCACAGCCCAGGCUUCCCCUGCUUGCCCCUCUGCAGCACGGCAGAGUGCUGUGGUGUCUCAUCUCCCUUUUCAUCUUGCCCAGCCCUUCCCGUCUGUAAGGGAGGAGAAGGCACCGAUGCAGCCACCACGGCUGGUGGAGGCCUCCUGCCCGCAGGGCACAGCUCUGCUGCCCCGGGGGCAGGUUUCUGGGGCAGGAAGCUGAAUUUUUGCUAUUCCUAGCACUUCUCAGUACUGUCUCCUUCUUCUGUAAGAGAGGGUGAGAAAGAGCAGUGGGUAUUCAGAUUAGAGUACCUGUAUGAUAAUUACUGCAGGUUUAAUUACCUCCCUUGCACACUGCGCAAUGUGCAUGGAAAGUAGGAGUGAUGCGUUUUGAUACCAGGUGGUAUCAGAAAAUAAUUUUAAUCUGCCUUACAACUAUAUAAUUAAAGGAUCUAAUAUAUAGAAAUAUAUAUAUACACACAGACGUAUAUAUUUCUGUUUCUUGCUGAUCGAUUCACAGCGGUUCAGUGCCCGUGAGAGCCAGCAGGCCGGCGGCAGCAGGUCAGGCACGGCCGGCUCUGCGCGGUGCGGCUGCGCUGCUCUGGGUGCCGCGGGGAGACCGGCACCAACCCCUUCUGCACACACUUUGGAGGGGAGGACACCUCUCCUGGGUGGACAGUCACCCAACAUGACACGCCAUCCAAGCAGUUAUACAGUGAGGAAGGUCUCGGGGAGGGCUCCGUUGCCCGUCUGCUUCCUUUCUGCUGGCUGCCCUCAGCAGUUCCACCAGACCAAGGGGCAGGCCGAGCAGGGAGUAACCGAGCAGGCCAGUGGGCUUGGCAGAAAUGGGGAUGAAUCAUUGCUGUGCCCCAAAACCAGAGGGAACUGAGCUCGGCAGCGUGCCUGGUGGAGGAGGAAGAGCCUCCGCACAGGCAGGCAGCACAGGGGGCUGCAGGGCAAAGACGAGCCCUCCUGCAGUUUGCAGCCAGUCCUUGCUGCUUGUGCUGCUUCUGCUCCUGCUCCUGAGAGCUGAGGGACCGGUGCUGGCAGCAGCCGCCCCUUAGGCUCCUCCGGUCAGAGUGCAGGGGAGAAAUCUGUAAAUACAGCAGGUUAAAAACUGGCAAAGUAACUGCGGAUCUGUAUUUAAAGCAGAUGUUUCCCAUGUUUUGUAGUAUCGUUUUAUUGAUAAAUAAAAAUCGACCAAAGACAAAAA